AAUUCGCCUCAAGCUUUGCUGCUUAGUAUAGCUCGUUAGUUAGACAUUUCAACUAAAAUAAAUAAAAAGCAUGAAUUAUCAGAUUCAUGCGCAGCAGAAUUUAGCUGAGAGCUGCUUCUGGUCCUGGCCAGAUGGAGCAAUUGGGCGACUGCUGCUGUGGCGCAAUUGGCAAUCAACUGGCAUCGUAUUUUGUUUAAUCAUAAUACUGCUGCUGGACAUAACGGUAAACUCGAUAAUCAGCGUGGUGAGUGUGUUGGGCGUGCUGGGACUGCUGCUUAGCUUAGGCUAUUGCUCAUAUGUCUGGACCAUACGCAAGUUGAACAAAAGCAGCAAUGAGGAGCAUCCAAUGCGGCGCUAUAUGGAAAUGGAUUUGAGCAUUAGCGAGCAAACAGCCGAGUGCUUAGCUCGUCUGCUGGUGCAACAGCUGAAUCCAAUUAUGCGAAGCUUGCGUGCGCUAUUCCUGGUUGAGGAUCUGGUUGAUACACUAAAGUUGCUGCUGCUUUUCUGUGUGCUCAACAUUUUGGGUGAUUAUGUAACGGGCAUGAAUUUGCUACUAAUUCGGCUGAGCCUUGUGCUGACCAUUUUUACUUUGCCCAAGCUCUACGAUUGCCAAAACAAGUCCUUCUUCAAACUUGGCAACUGGCAGCAGCUACUGUUGUAUAAGCGUCUGUUAAUGGGCGACUCAGUCAAUCCAGCUGACAAUGAGCAGCCACUUAAUCAAACCUAUUGCCAAUUUAAUGCUGCUGCUUAUAACGAAACUGGCGAACAGGAUGAAUACUCCAGCGACUGUGCUUGGCCCAUAGAGCAACAGCAGCUGCUGCUGCAGCAGGACACUCCCAGCGAGGGCUAUCAUCAGUCACAUCCUCAUCAGCAUUUUAAGCAGCUUUAG